GAACCAAGCAUUCUGGCUCUGUGUCUAAAGCCCAUAUUAUCUAAUGAUUAAUGGGCCGUAAUGGGCCUUACUAAAUACAUCACGGAUUAAAACAAAACAUUCGUUACAGCAAGAACAGCAGAACACGGCGGUUCCGACCAAGAUGUCGCCGCAGCCACCGCAACAAAUUGGCUUGCCAUGGCCCGAGCUCAACGAUGGUUUAACAUACAAAGAUGUCGUCUCAUCUUCUGACUCAGAGUUAACGACGGUGUCAGAUUUCUACUACACCAAGUACAAGAGCUCAGCUCCAUUGCUUGGGUGGAUUCAACGAAUCCAAAACGGACAGGUUGCUCACUCUUUUCACCGAAAGUUCUCGCUUGAUUCUUUAGAAUUUUGCAAUUUCAUUUCUCAGUUCUUUUGGCAGAUACAAGUUGACGGUGAAGUUGUAAAAGAUCCCAACACACUCCUUAGGAGUGGUUCCAAGUUAGUUUACCAUAGGCUUCCUUGGAAGGAACCUGACACGCCUCACUUGCUAGAUAUUUUGUACCAAGACGAUGAUUUGAUCGCUUUAAACAAACCGUCUGGACUCCAAGUGUUGCCAGGAGGGCUUUUCCAGCAAAGGACUGUAUUGACGCAACUGCAGUGGUGUUUUGGUGAAUCACACCCUGUCCCUGUACAUCGACUAGGGAGAGGAACAUCAGGUAUACUUCUCUGUGCAAAGACAAAGCUUGCUAAAACUAAACUUUCAGCUUAUUUUGCUGAGGGGACGUCUCUUGUUGGGUCUGGCAACAUGGGUCAAGAGUGUGGAACCGUAAGAAAAAUAUCAAAGAUAUAUCGAGCACUAGCGAGUGGUAUAGUUGAAGAAGACGAGGUAGUUAUCAAACAGCCUAUUGGGGUGGUUCGAUAUCCUGGCGUAGCAAAAGGAUUAUACGUUGCUUCUUCUGAAGGCAAACCUUCUUUCAGCAAAGUAAUCGUUUUGGAAAGGGACAGGCAGAGAGAUUGCACGCUGGUUAAGGUAGAGAUACAAUCUGGAAGACCACAUCAAAUUCGGAUUCAUCUUGCAUUCAUUGGACAUCCCUUAGUAGGGGACCCACUUUAUGUUGCGGGAGGACAACCAAAGGGUGUUGAUCCAGAUCUUGUAGAUGCUGCUUCUACUCCUUCUUUUGCUGAAGAUGGGGGCUACCGAAGACCUAAUCAAGCUGUUCCUGGGGAUUGUGGAUAUCAUCUUCAUGCACAUGAAGUAGAGAUACCAAACCUGUUGAACACUCGUAAGUUGUCCAACUAUCUAAAUCAGCUGAUAAAUCAUGUCUGCAGGUUUUAAAGGUAGUGGCGCCAUUACCACCAAUCCUCCAAACAAGUUACUUGGUUGAAGAAAAAGGCCUUCCCUCAUGCAAGUUAAGUUGAGUUAGUCUUCCACCAGACAACAUUAGAUGUUAUUCUUCUUCAAGAGUUAUCUCUCUUUCCAUGUUAUUGUCAGCAACAAUACAAAUACAAACAUCAUCUAUGGAUUUUGUGGAGGCACCUAACUUAAGUUGAACCAAAAGAAGGAAAACAAAAUGCCUA